CCUUCGAACGUUUGGGUGACCCAUUUAAAUCAACGGAUAUUUUUGGAACAUUCUGAGGAGCCGUAAAAUAAAAAUGUAUACAAUCCGUAGACAUGGGUAUUCCAUUGGACAAUUUUAGAUCUUUGCAGGGGGAAGUAAAUAAACGUCGGACAUACUUCCUGUUUUCGUUUUCUUUUACUGGGUUGCAUUGCCAGCUAACAAGCCAGGCUGUCUUGUGGUGAUAUGACAACGUAAUGACUUUGACUAGUGUGGCUGUAGGUGGCAACAUCAAGUUAUUACACCUAUAGGUACAUAGAAAUUACUCAACAUGGCUUUGAGCUCCGGCGGGUGGGCUCAGAUGCCGCCACCUGCUCAAUCCUCAAUCCUGGUGGGAGCACUGCAAUCCACCUGCAAUACAGUACUCAUGUCGGUACGAGUAUCAGUGUGCCAUUCGGGACUCCGACCGCUCUGUCUACCAGGAGCUGGGGAUGACACACUUCGUCUUCAACUAAGCAUGGACCCAAGCCGGGCUGGAGAGUUUCGAUUAGCCCUUAGGGAUGUCUGCAGUUCUGGUCGCAGUGUGUUUUUAGCAGAGUUUGACCUGCGGACAGUGAAAUAUGAGAUAAAGUCCCCACGCUGCCAUGAACUUCGGCUGACUACACCUCCACAUGACUGCCUUAGUUUCAAUUUUCGCAGUGAGCAGGAGGCCCAGGAAUGGGCCACUGUGGUGAUGUCAUCACUGAGGGAGGCCCAAAGAGUGGCAAAUAUCUCCCAGAACUCAGUGGAGGAAGUACAUCAGGACGUUAAAUCUGUUGAACAGCAGGGUUUGACAGAAUUAGCACCCAAAGAGGAGCUGUGUAUAGAGUUAGCCAAAGCCAUAGAGGCAGGAGAUACCAGUUCUGCCAUGCAGCACGCCACCGCUCUGGCCCAGCAGCAGUUGUCUCUCAGUAUCCAGCCCUCACAGAAGAACUAUGAGGAUGAAGAUAUCAAUCUUGCUGUGGUAGUGGAGGAUGCCUCGUCUUCCUGUUGUGUCACAGUUAAAGUGAUGCCCCACAUGACGGUCUCCUCGCUCAAACAGCAGAUUUUUCUGGAGUAUGGCUUUCACCCACGGGUGCAGCGCUGGGUCAUAGGUCAGUGCUUGUGUGUGGACAUACGCUCGCUGGCAUCUUAUGGGGUGGCGCGGCACGGCGACACGGCCUUCCUGUACCUGCUGUCUGCCCGCCAGGCCCGCCUGAGCCGCCAGCUGUGCCAGCAGGACCAGGAGAGUGCCCUCCUCACGCCCAGCGGCACCCCCACUCCGGGCCCCACCACACACACCAAUGUGCCUGCUUCUCAUGACUGGAGGGGCUAUAGCACCCUGCCAUCCAGGCUUAGCCACAGCAGCACAAGCAACAGUGGAGCUGAGAAGAACAGCAUCACAGACGUGAUAAAUCUGGAGGCGCUGCAGCUCGGUGGGCCCGACCUCAGUGUCAGCAACACUCAGGCAGGCUGGGCGUGUCCGUCCUGCACGUUCAUCAACAAGGCGAGUCGCCCCGGCUGUGAGAUCUGUAGCAAGGCGCGACCAGAGUCGGACCAGCAGGGCCACAUCCAACAGGCAGGAGAGAGAAAAAAGACAAGGAAGAGAUCAGGUGGUGCAAAGAAGCGAGGUGCAGCGCACAAGCACUAAACAAAGUGCUGUUGAAGGAGAGGAGAGAGCAAGAAAAGUCGAUCAAGGGACCAGUGGGACCUCUAGCAAAGCCAUCUGAAACACAACUACUUCCAAUAGUGGAGACCUCCUCAUAACACACACCUGACUACAACACAACUCUGACUCUCACACCCCAGCUAAAUGUUUUCACUCAAACACAAACACAUAGUAGAACUAAACCAUUUAUGUCUGCCAAGAACUUUUGAAGACUGGCGUCAGACUCAAGCACAGAUGAAGGGGAGCACAAGUUACCACCCCCCCCACCCCCCCGUAGACUCCAGAUGGACUAAUCCCGCCCCACAGGCCUUUCCCAGCCCACCCACAGGUCAUCCUACCAGAAAAACCCCACUGGUGAGUUCAGGACGUCCAUAUUAUUCCAUCAGGUUCCUCUGAGAUAGCAGGCAUCCGCCACCGCGUGUCUUCUGCAAUGCGAUGUAGGAUAUCAUCACCCACAAAGAAACAUCAACCCUGGCUCUCCCCCUUUUCUGUGGCGACGUGCUGAGGACUCAUCUCAUGGCAAGAGGUGUCUGUUGAUUUUGACAGGGUUGUGCUGUGUAGCAUGCUCUUCUGCAGUCAAGGUUUAGUCUUUGUUCUCCCCUCCUUUCUUUUAAACUAUAAACUGUGAACAAGUGUUGGAGAGAUAAGAGGGGUUUACCUCUCUAAUGCUUGAGGGAUUUAUUUGUGACCAGAUUCAAACUCAUUUUAAAAGACCGGCUGAGUGAUUGAGGUCAUUGUGUUUUUAGGUGCUUUUAUUUUUAUAUUGCAAAUGCAAAUUAUUUAAGUUGUGAAUGUCAUCUACUUGCGAGACUGUAAAGACAAAUGUAAUUCCAAAUCUGUCCUAACUAAUAACCUAAAACAUGCUUUAUGGUGAUACUGUAAAUUAAUAAAUGCCAUCAAAAAUGA